ACACAGAAUCAAAAUGUGAAAAAUAAAAAGGCCUUUCAGGAUGAGAUCAGAAGUCAAACUCGGGAUCUGACAAGAUGGCCAGGCUGCCCCCCAGGAUCAUCAAGGAAACCCAGCGUUUGCUAGCAGAACCAUUUCCUGGCAUUCAAGCAGAACCAGAUGAGAGCAACGCUAGUUAUUUUCGUGUGGUCAUUGCUGGUCCCCAGGAUUCUCCCUUUGAGGGAGGGACUUUUAAACUCAAACUAUUCCUUCCAGAAGAAUACCCAAAUGGCAGCUCCUACAGUACAUUUCAUGACCAAAUUUAUCAUCCUAAUGCAGACAAGUUGGGAAGAAUAUGUUUAGAUACUUUGAAAGAUAAAUGGUCCCUAGCACUGCAGAUCCGCACAGUUCUGCUGUGGAUCCAGGUUUUGUUAUGUACUCCCAGUCGAGAUGAUCCAUUAGUGAAUGGUGUAGUGGAAGACCGAGGAAGCCCCAGGCAUAGAAACAGCUGGAGCAUGGACUAGGCCAUAUGCCAUGAAUAAUACUCAAAUCGAUCCCAUCAUCACAUGUGCAUCA